AUGUCAAGUUUAGAAAUUAAAUCUGUCGAUAAAGUAUGGUAUGUUACUGGUGCUUCAAAAGGAAUCGGAUUGGAAUUGGUAAAGAAACUAUUAACCUAUGGAUUUAAAGUGGUUGGUACAUCAAGAGAUAAACAACAGUUGAUUGGUGCAGUUGGUUCGCUUGGUGAUAACGAUCGUUUCUUGGCUGUACAGGUUGAUUUGGUCAAUGAAGAGAGUGUUAAGCAAUCAUUGAAUGAUUCUCUCACUAAAUUCGGUAGAAUCGAUGUUGUCGUUAAUAAUGCAGGAUUCUCUAUUUCAGGAGCAUUAGAAGAGAACUCUGACAAAGAUGUUCGUGCCAAUUUCGACACCAAUCUAUUCUCUGUGUUCAAUGUCCUCAGAAACGUUUCACCAAUCUUUAGAAAUCAACAAUCUGGAUAUGUAUUCAACAUGUCCUCAGUUGCUGGACUUAAAGGUAUCGUUGGACACAGUGCCUAUUGUGCCACUAAAUUUGCACUCGAUGGACUGUCGGAAUCCUAUGCACUUGAGGUCAAACCAUUAGGUGUUAGAGUAACCUCUGUCAACUUAGGUUCAUUUAGAACUGGUAUUUUAGGUGCAGAUGUAUAUAAACCAAUAAACAAGAUUGAAGCAUAUAAACAUGUUCAUGGUACAUUAGAUUUUAUUGUUAAUCAAUACAGUGGAAAACAAAAUGGUGAUCCAUCAAAGAUAUUGGAUAUUUUAAUUCGAGUCUAUCAAUCUGAAGGUGAUGAUACCAGUCAUCUCUUUAUUAGUCCCGAAGCAAAUGAAUUGGUUCAUUCCAAAACUGACCAGAUGAUCAAAGAUCAAAAGAGAUGGGAAGAAUACACCACAAAGACUGGAUUUGAUACACCAACAGAUUCACAAACAAUUCCUGAUUCCAUCGAUUUGAAUUACUACAAAUAA